AGCCUGAGCGCCCCCUGCACUUCUGACUACUCACGUAAAGUCUCCCGAAAUAAGCUGAAUGUCGCCGCACCUUCAUCACCGUCCUCAAAUAUGACUGACCCUACGUGUGUACAGAGAGCCGAAUGUCUACCUACGUGACCCACCUUUUCCUCCGUGACUGUAUCAUCAAAAACCAUACUCACUCCCCCAUCCAAGUCACAGCCCACUUCGCCCACGAAACCUCACCAAGCACCCUCGUCGUGCAUUCCGGGAAAGAGACCGGGCACCUGAACGCCAUACUCGACAAUAUCAAUGUUAUCACGGGAGAAUAUGAAGGGGACUGGCUCCCCAUGACGGACGCCAUUAUCAGGCAUGGUGGGAGUGUCACCAUCGCUGGAACGCAGCCAGAAGAUAAGCUCGUUGCGAGGUUCAAGGACGAGAAGGGAUGGGAUUCUAGGGUGCUGUUUACGUUGGAUUAUGAGAAGCUGUGCUGUCAUGGUGUGCAAGUGAGGGAGUGUAAGGCGUGCUUCGAGGUGUACAAGGCCUCGAAACCGUCUGGGCGUUUUCACAUUCGUGGCCGUCGUUUUGAUUUAAAGAAGCAGAAAACCUAAGCACGGGGGGGGUUAGUCGAAGCGAGGUCUGUAACUUGGCACAAAGUAUGGCACUGAGUGAUGUACAUGUCCCUAGAUUGCACUACUCGCCCAUUAAAAAACGCACCACCCUUGUCACGUCUCUUAGUUCUCCUUGAUAACAGCAUAGGCGUACGGCUCUCCAGGCU